AAAAAUGAAUAGUUUAGGUUCAACGGUAACGGUACAAUUUACCCCAAUAUUUAAGUCAUUUUCCUCGAAUCCCUAAUUUCAAUGGCUUCCCAAAAUCCUCGACCCCUCAGGGUCAGGCAAAACCCUACCAUCCAUCAUCUUCCACCUUCGUAUUCAUAAAUCUCAAGCAUGAGGAAACCCAAAUCGACGGUCGUUCGCAAGCAGAGCCGCCAAUCGGAGGACAGCGAGAUCGAGCUUCUCAACUCAUGGAUCAGCGCCCAGAAACCGUAAUCCGGCUUCAACCCCCUGUCGCUUCCUCCCCUGCCCCCCGGCGCCCCCAUCGGCCGCCUCUUCGACGGCGAUAAGGCGUCAUUUUCGCGCUUCUCCGGCGCCAUAAUUUUCAGCCAUCUGCCCCUCUCGCGGAAGACCCAGAAGGGUCUCCGACAGUCCAAGUACCUUAAGAUGACAGAGAUUCAGACGGCGUCUUUGCCCCACGCGCUUGCCGGUAGGGACGUUGUUGUCGGCGCCAAGAAACGCUCUGGAAAGACUCUUGCUUUUGUUGUUCCGGUUUUGGAAAAAUUGUUUCGAGAGAGAUAUACCCCUGGGCGUGGAGUUGGAAGCAUCAUUCUAUGUCCCACACGGGAGUUAGCGUGUCAAACUUUUGAAGUAUUUAAAUCAGUGGCAAGGCACCAUAGUUUUAGUAUUGGUCUUCUCACUGGGGGUGGGAAUUCUGUAGACUUGGAGGAGAAAGAUCACGGGAAUGACAUUAACAUAUUGGUCUGCACUCCUUCAGGUUUUGGUCCUUGAUGAUGUGGAUUCUCUUCCUAAACCGAAAUUUGGGAGCAUCCUCAAUGCAGUCGUUUCACAGCUUCCUGAGAAAAGACAAACCUUGCUC